AUGUCGUCGGAGACUCACAGGACCGGUAAGGAAAACGUACCCAAGAACCCAAGAGUUUUGUGUCUUCAUGGAUUCAGAACUAGCGGUCGGAUUCUCCGUGCUCUUAUAAGCAAAUGGCCUGAAACAAUUCUCCGAAAUCUCGACCUCGAUUUCCUCGACGGUCCAUUUCCGGCCACCGGGAAAUCGGACGUCGAACGCUUCUUUGAUCCGCCGUAUUACGAGUGGUAUCAGGCUGGUAAGGGUUUUACAGAAUACAGGAAUUUUGAAGAGUGCUUGGCUUAUGUAGAGGACUACAUGAUAAAGAAUGGACCUUUUGAUGGUCUUCUUGGUUUUUCACAGGGAGCUUUUCUAUCUGCGGCUAUUCCUGGAAUGCAAGAAGAGGGAACGGCUCUAACCAAGGUGGCAAAAGUCAAGUUCUUGGUGAUAAUAUCGGGAGCCAAAAUUCCGGGUUUGGUUUUUGGGCAGCCUAAAGCUGCUGUUGGUGCAUUCUCAUCUCCAGUUCGUUGCCCGUCACUCCACUUCAUAGGCGAGAGGGAUUUCUUGAAAACAGAUGGCGAAGUUCUUGCGGAAUCAUUUGUAGAGCCAGUGGUGAUCUAUCAUUCAAGUGGACACACUAUACCGAAACUCGAAGCUAAAGCUGAGGAGACAGUGCUGAGCUUUUUCCAGAGGAUUAGGCAGAUGCUUUCUGAUGAAUCAUCUUCUGUAAGAAGCUUGAUGUGA